AUGUCAUUGAAUCAAUAUAUAAGACCAGUUAGAACAAAACUACUGCAUAUAUCAUGUAUUAGAAACAUAUCAAUUACUCAAUCAUCCAUCAACACAACCAUUAAAAAUGAUGAAAGUAUUUCUAAAACCACCACUAUUCCAGAAAAUAUUCAACAAGCUAAAGAAUUAGCAGGAUAUAGAGCUUUAGAAAUACCUGAAUUCAAAACUUUAGGUUCAGCAGAAGGUACCACGGCCACGGCCACAGGCUCUUCUUCUUCUUCUUCUUCUUCAAUUCUAUCGAUUAAUGUACCACCUUCAGUGCCAGUUUAUAUUAGACGAGGAUCAUUAUUAUCAAUUUAUGGAAUUCAAGAAAUAUCAUCAAUUGAUUCUGUUAGAAGUCAAUUACAAUUUCCAAAUUUUUGGAAACGAUUAAUUUAUGGAGGUUAUGUAUCAGGUUAUCAAAAAUUGAUUUCAACUACUCCAUUUUCAUUAUUAAUUAGUUCCAAAUCGAGAAGUAGUGGUAGUGGUGGUGGUAGUGGCAGUGGUAGUGGUUUUGAGAAACUGUUUGUUAAUUUAGUUUUGGAUGGGACUACUGAUUGGGCAAUUUUGGAUAAAUCGGCAUUACAAGUAUAUACGGGGAAUUCACUUUCUAUAACCAUGCAUAAAUUACCUAAAUUUAUAUCGAAAAAAUUAUCUCGUUCAUUGAAGAAGGACAAAAAGAGCAAGACUAACACUAACAAAUUGGAGACGGGAUUAUUUUCAUGGAAAAAAUUGGGAUAUACUUUAUUAAGUGGUAGAGGAAAAGUUGGACUUGUUGGUAAUGGUUCAAGUUCAGGGUAUGGAUCAUCAAUUUAUAAUAUUAAUUUAAAUCAAAAUGAAGAAAUUUUAAUUAAUAAAAAUAAUUUAUUAGGUAUAACUGUUAAUGGUCCUUAUGAUUUACAAAAUUGUAUUGUCAAAUAUGAAUUCCCCAUAAUCAACAAUGCCAACCCCACAAACACAAACAUCAACAUCAAAGAACCUGUGACUAUUGUAAAACCAAAAUUAAUUCAACCUACAACAUGGAAUUUAAUUGUAUUGAAAUUGAAAAAUUUUAAUAAUGGAUUUAAAAAAUUUUUCCAAAUUAUUAAUAAAUAUACUUUAGGUUUAAAAACUACUAGUUAUAAUUAUUUAGCAGGUAAUCAAGAUUUUAUUAAAGUUAUUGGUCCCAGAAAUUUACUUUUACAAUCAAAUACAAACAAAAGUCAUCGUGGGUUUAAUAAUAUAAUCCCUAGAAAUAAACCACAAGCAAAAGUUUGGCCAACCAAUCAAACUACUACAAAAGUUGAUGAAUCUUCUAGUUUCUCUACUCCUAAAGAUUAUUUGAAUCAUGUUACUAUUGAACCUGGUAAAGGUGCAGUGUUUAAAAGUACUUUAGAUUUUUCAGAAACUGUUGAAUCAAUUGAAAACAAGAACAAGAACAAGAACAAGAGUAAAUAG